GACGCCAAAACCAGCAUACAUUUACACCCCAUCAUGCAACGCUCGCCUCGUUAAUUACCUUUGCUGCACCUACGGCGAUGUCGACCACCUGCAGCUACAGGAUUGAGGCAGAGAACCUGGAAGAUUCUGAGGACAAGGCUGUGGUGAAGAGAGGCUCUGUCCUUAGCUCUGUGCUUUGUCGUCUUUCACAGUUCUGGCCGGUCAGUUUCGUGAUGCGCUCUCUCCGUGGCUUCUGGUGGCUGCUCGGGUUCUCCCCUCCAGAGAAGGAGCUCCCCGAGUCCCCUUCGGCGCGCCAGUUUCGCACGGGCAAGAAGCGUCUGCAUCGGGUCACGCGCCUGGUGCUGGCUUUCCUGCCCCGUAGGCUGCAGCGCGCGCUCGGCUACCCCGUCUGCACCAGCAUUGUCUGCUCCGCGUCGCCAGAGGUACGAAGCUCUCCCACAAAGCCCUCUGGGAAGGGCAGCAAAAGGAAGCAGGAUGAUGUGGAUGAGGAUGAUGACGAGGAAGAGCUGCCCCAGCCAUCCUGGGUCGAGGUUCUGACCCAGGAGCUGGUGGAGGAGGACAGCCUGGCUGAUCCAGAUUAUGAGCCCAGCAGCGUGGGGGAGACGGACAGCGAGGAGUACCGCACACACAACGACACCGAAAGUGACCCGGAAGUGCUGGAGAGCAACGAGAGCGGAGAGGGAUCAGGUGCAGCUGCAGCUGCAGGAGCUGAGGUGCCUGCUGAGGCAUAGCUGAAGCAGAUGACAUGGUGAUCAGGUGCAGUCUGGGGAUGAUUGGAGUUUCAUACGUGCUCAAGAUGUCAGUGUUUCAUGUACAAAAAUGUAAAAGUAUGUUGUG